GUCAGCCGGUUCUGUGCCCAGCGAGCCACUACUGCCCGGAAGGCAGCGCCGAGCCUUUGCCCUGUCCACCUGCACACGUCUGCAAGGGCCAGGACCUGGAGGCCUUGCUGGUGCCCUUGGUGGCAGGGGUUUUCCACACGGUGGUUGUCUCCAACUUAGGCCAAAUCUGGGCAGCAGGCCUUAACGACGACGGCCAGUUGGGCACUGGUGACAAUGAACGGCAGCAUGCCUUUGUGCAUGUUAAAGUUGGUUGCCAGAAGAUCGUGGCCGUCGCCGCCGGAACACACCACACCGCUGCGAUCACCGACUCUGGCGAGCUGUGGACCUGGGGCAGGGAUGAUGCUGGCCAGCUUGGUGUUGGAGACACUGACAAUUGCUAUGCUCCAGUGAAGGUAUGCGUGAACGACCAGAAGUUCGUGACCGUCGCUGCUGGAGACGGCCACACCGCUGCAAUCACGGACUCAGGCGAAUUGUGGACCUGGGGCGCCAAUGGCGCUGGGCAGCUUGGAAUGCGGGCCACUCUUUUUUAUCGCCAUCCUCCAGGGAAGGUGAGCGUGAACGGCCAGAAGAUUCUGGCCGUUGCUGCUGGAGAGGCUCACACCGCUGCGAUCACGGACACUGGCGAGCUGUGGACCUGGGGCGGCAAUGGUGAUAGCCAGCUUGGAACUGGGGACACCAAGGAUCGCCACGCCCCAGUCAAGGUGAGCGUGAACGGCCAGAAGAUCGUGGCCGUCGCCACUGCAACAUGCCACACCGCUGCGGUCACGGCCUCUGGCGAGCUGUGGACCUGGGGCGGCAAUGGUGAUAGCCAGCUUGGAACUGGGGACACCAAGGAUCGCCACGCCCCAGUCAAGGUGAGCGUGAACGGCCAGAAGAUCGUGGCCGUCGCCGCUGGAACAUAUCACACCGCUGUGGUGACAGAUUCUGGCGAGCUGUGGACGUGGGGCUCUCGUAAUUUUGGCCAGCUUGGAGCUGGGGACACCAUGGAGCGCCCCUUGCCAGUGAAGGCAGCCGCCCCGCCGUCCUUGAACGGUGGUGGGGUCGUGAGCGAAGCUCAUUUCGAAGUAUGA